AUGCCGUACCUUCAAGAAGAAGGCUCCAGGGAUGAAUGAGAUAGGAAAUCUUCUCAAAAGGCUAUGGAGACAAUGGAUGUGGAGAAGGAGUUGUGGAAGGAAAAUUAUGAAACUUUUUUCAACAUGGUCUUGGUGAAGCACAAGACGGGGAAGCCGCCUGUUCUAAGAAACAGAGCAAGGCUUACUAUCAAAAGGUGGUGUUGAGUUGUGAAGAAGACUACAACAUGGAGUAAGUCCCUGUUAGAAGAACAUGGUAAGGCUAACCAGCAAAAAGGUUCAAGGAAACUGAUGAGACGUCGUCAACGAGACGUAGAGAAACGUUUGUUUCAAAAGGAAGAAACAAACGUGGCGACAAAAGUCAAAAUAAGGCCGAGAAAUGGUGUGACUUUUGUACGUGUGACAAUCGCAAUGAGAGUGAUUAAUAUUGUUAAAGAAAGUAACACAAGGGUGUUAGCUUUCCUACGGGUGUAAGAUGCUUUGCGUGUAACAAGCCAGGGCAUGUGGUGAAGAUGUUCACGCACAAGACGUCAUGGAGACGUUAUGGUGAUCAAAGGAAGACACCAAGAAAAAAGGAGAGAUGCUUACCUAUAAGAGUGAAAGGAAGCAUUGGUUGGUCGUAGAGACAACCGAAGAAGACGUGGAGAAUAUUCACGCACAAGACGUCACAGAGACGUGAUGUUGUUGACGAAGGCUUUGACAUCAUGCAAUUUCAAGUAGGGGUGUCAAAAUGGGUAACCCGACCCGACCUGACCCAAACCCAUAUGGGUUCGAGUGUUUAAUGGACGGGUUUGACCCGACCCAUAUAUUUAUAUGGGUUGAAUUUACAUACCCAAACCUAUUAUUGUAGAAAUCCAUUGGCUUAAUGGGUUAUAUGAGUACCCAUAUAUAUGUAUAAUAAAAUAUAUAAAUAAUAAAAAUCCAAAAAAAUAACAUAAAAUUGUAA